AUGAAACAUCAUGAAGAGCUUGAAACUAUCUACAUCCUUCACUUUAAGGUUUGCAAAAGUAUUUGUCAUGAAGAGUUCUCUAUGAUGGAUUGCAAAAUCAAAAGAUUAUUUGAAUUUAAGCAAUUAGGAUUCGUGUGUUCAUUUGUGUACAAAAUCUCACUAAAAAAAGGUUCAAAAUGGAGUUGGACAUCAGCACUAAUCGGCGCAGCCUCCGCCGUAGCGGCCACCUCCAUCCUCUCCGCCAAACCGAAAGACCCGACCUUCCACCUCAUCUCCAUCAACUUCACUUCCCUAAAACCCAGCCUCCCCGCCAUCGACGCUGAGGUUCUCCUCACCAUCCACGUCACCAACCCCAACAUAGCCCCAAUCAACUACUCCUCAACCACCAUGUCAAUCUUCUACGAAGGCUCCCUCCUCGGCUCCGCUCCGGUUCAAGCCGGCUCGCAGCCGCCAAGGUCCUGCCAGCUCCUCCGACUCCCCGCAAGGCUUAAGGCAAGGAAGCUGGCGAAACACGCCGGGAGAGUGGUGGCGGAUGUGGCGAAGCGGGAGAUGAUACUCGAUGCGGCGGUUGAUAUUGCUGGCACCGCUAGAGUUUUGUGGUGGGACCAUAAUUUUAAAGUUCGUGUGAAUAGUCAUGUUACGGUGGAUCCUGUUUUUCUUGAUGUUAUUGAUCAGGAAAGUACUGCUCAACUUGAACUCUUUGCUUCAGACGAUGAGUUGGAAGGUGAAGGUGAAGGUGAAGAUGAAACCGAAGCAAAAGUUGAAGAGUGAUCAACAUGUCACCUUAGUGUUAUGUUGGUGGGUCUUAUUGGCUUUAGUUUAUUUAUUUGGAACAUUUUAGGUUCGACUUUUAAAUUAUGUGACAUUUGAGGGUUGUAUUUUUAUUUGUUGAUUAUUAUUUAGCUUUUGUAGUUGAUUAACUGCCUUUUCAUUUCUAAUUUUUUAAUUAAACCAAA